GAAUACCGCACAGUCUUCCGUGUCACGUUCAACAUGGCAGAAUACAGUGCGGACGAAUUGCAGGCACCUGCCUGGUUGGGUGACCAAUUUUUCCGGGAAAUUUUGCAAACAUCGGAAAACGAUCCAUCGAUUGAGAUCUUGCCUGGCUACGAGUUACUUCCAGCGACCCAGGCUGGUGACCACUAUGCCAGUAUCAUGUUCCGCACCUGUGUUCGGUAUCGGUCAAAUCGUACACCCGGUGAGCAUGAGAUGAAUCUGAUCAUCAAAACUCAACCAACGGCUGAAGGAUUCAAGAAGGAAAUUUCCCAAGGCAACGCUCUGUUUGUCAAAGAAAUCAAAAUGUACAGUGAGAUUCUUCCGGCUAUGGUGAAAGUGUUGAAGAGUGUCGGUCAACAUCUGGAGGUUGCCCGAUUGAUUCAUGCUUCGAUUGAGCCACAUGUCGUCAUCGUGAUGGAGAGCUUAACUCCGAAGGGAUGGAUGCCUGGACGAGAUUGCAUUACUAGCUUUGAAGAGGCUCUUCCAACUAUCCGGAAUAUCGCAAGCUUCCACGCUGCUUCGCUUUAUCUUCAUCAAGAGAUUGUGGACCUAUCGUCAAACAGAGCGGAUGAUAUUUUGGCGAAAGGAGUGGUGCUCACUCUUUUCAAGAAGGGAUUCAAUGAAUUCUGUAAAGCUGUCCAGAGAUGGGAUGACUUUGAACCGUACACAAAGCGGUUGAAAGUUCUUUACGAAUCUUUUGAUCAGCGGCUUCGUGAAGUCUACACCCCAAAUCCGGCAACCGUUGGCUACAAUGUACUCAACCAUGCUGACCUCAAUUGGAAAAAUAUUAUGCACAGGAAGAACUCGGACGGCCGCAUCGUAGAUUCGAUGUUGAUCGAUUAUCAGUGCUGCCAUUGGGGUUCGCCAGUCCUUGAUGUGAUGAAUUUACUUGGCUUGGUCAUCGAUAAUCGCACCAAGACGGACUAUCGGAAUGAAAUACUUUACGAGUAUCACAAACAUUUUGCGAUGCUAUUAGCAAAAAUGGGGUUUUCUGGAAAAGUUCCCUCUCUGGUAGAUUUACAAAUGGAACUUCUCCGAUACUGUUUUCUAGAAGUGUUUCAUAUCGCCGUUUUCGAAAAGUACAAAUAUGUGAAGCUCACUGAGACGACAUUUGACAACUAUGAUGAAGGAAAUCCGGACGAUCCCUGCUACAGCAAUGAAGAAUACUGCGGUAUCGUUCGCUCCGAACUGUAUUCGCUGUUAAACAAAGGAUUCCUGGAUAUUAAUUAAUAAUGUUUACAUGAGACCAAUAACAGUACAGUCAUAGAAAAUAUAGGCAACAUAGAAGCAACUGUAAGGUUCAAAGUAGACUUAUUGUGUAUCAACGGCCUUAACAAUCGACG